AUGUUCAAGGUGAUCCUAGUAGGCGACAGCAAUGUUGGCAAAUCCAGUUUUAUGCAUCAAUUCUGCGAUGGCGUAUUUUAUCCGAAGCUUCGAACAACAGUAGGUGUCGAUUUUCGCACACGCAACCUACGUGUGGACAAUACCGUGUAUACCAUUCAACUUUGGGACACAGCGGGACAGGAGAAAUAUCGGAGUAUUGUGCGCACAUAUUUUCGCAAAGUGGACGGUGUUAUCAUUAUCUACGACGUGACUUGUCCCGAAUCGUUCCGCAAUGUGCGCUCGUGGAUGGAGAGUGUGGAGGAGAAUUCCGGUUCCAACAAGACUCCCAUCAUCAUUGUGGGCAAUAAGAUCGAUCUGCGCGAUGGAGAAAAUGCUCAAAAUAUUGCUUCCUGUGUGACCACUGAAAUGGGACAACGAUUUGCCCAGUCUCAGGAAGCUUUGUUCAUCGAGACCAGUGUGUGCAAAGCAGAGAAUGUGGACAAAGCUGUUCAACUUCUGUCCCGAGAAAUGAAACUUGGUGAGGACGAGCAAAUCGGCACAGUCGCUUUGAAGGAAGAACCUCCGAAGAAAAAGCCUCUCGCUGCCUGUUGCAAAUAA